AUGGCCGCCGACGUGUUCAUGCGGCCGGCGCGGCUGCUGGGGGCGGCGGGGCCGCUGUCCCCCCGCACGGAGCCCGACGAGGACUCGUCGGACACGGACGACGGCGGCGCCUCGUCGCCGGGCGGAGGGCGGCGGUGCGGGCCGCGGCGGGGGCAGCCGCCGGGCCCCCAGAUCAUCCACUCGGGCCACUUCAUGGUGUCGUCGCCUCACAGCGAGCACCCUCCCAAGAAGGGCUACGACUUCGACACGGUCAACGAGCAGACCUGCCAGACCUACCAGUUCGGGGCGGCCCGGGGCGGCGGCGGCGCCGGGGGGCGCCUCAGCAUCGACGCUUCCCUCACGAAGCUCUUCGAGUGCAUGUCCCUGGCCUACAGUGGGAAGCUGGUGUCACCAAAAUGGAAAAAUUUUAAAGGCUUGAAACUUCAGUGGAGAGAUAAAAUCCGUCUCAAUAACGCCAUCUGGAGGGCAUGGUACAUGCAGUACCUGGAGAAGCGCAAGAAUCCUGUGUGCCAUUUUGUGACUCCACUGGAUGGCUCUGUUGAUGUAGACGAACAUCGUCGGCCAGAGGCCAUUGCAACAGAAGGGAAAUACUGGAAACGAAGAAUUGAAAUAGUCAUCAGGGAAUACCACAAGUGGAGAACAUACUUCAAGAAACGGUUACAGAAGCAUAAAGAUGAAGAUCUUUCAAGUUUGGUCAGGGACGAUGAUGUGGUUCUCUGGCAAAAAAGAAGAUAUGGCAGAGAAACCCCUGUACCUAUGGAGGAAGGCAGCCUCUUGGAUGCUGAUAUGCUUAUGUCUGAGUUCACCGACACACUGUUCUCCACACUGUCUUCACAUCAGCUGGUUUCCUGGCCAAAUCCCAGAGAGAUAGCACACUUAGGAAAUGCUGACAUGAUUCAACCAGGGCUUAUUCCUCUGCAGCCAAAUUUUGAUUUCAUGGAUACUUUUGAGCCUUUUCAGGAUUUAUUCACACCCAGUCGUUCCAGUAAUUAUUACCCCUCUGUGUCUGCUGCCAGCUCAGCUACAACGGACAGCAGCAGCCAUUCUUCCCAGUCUCCUGUCCUGCCGUCGGGUUCCUUGCCCAACACACUUCCAUCUGGGAACAUCAGCGAUGGACUGAUUGCUUCCUCAGUACCUGCUCCUGUCAUUCCUGAUGUUGGCACUGACCAGUGUUCCAGCAUUAGAAGCGGGGGAUCUUUCAUCCAGCCAGCAGACUUUGCUCCUGACUCGUCUCUCAGCGGGCCGCAAACUUUUGUCCCAGUGUUUCAGACACCUUUGCCACUGCUUCAACCUGCGACACAACAGCACCAGUCCCCGUUGCCUGCAGUGCCUCUGAAUACUAGCUUAAGCUCUCCACCACCUGCUUUUGCUGCACCAGAAACCCAGAAGUUUGGCCUCUGCGAAUCUACAGUUAUCACCCACACGGCUUCAGCUACGUUGACCCACAACGCCCCUGCCACCACCUUCAGCCAGAGCCAGAACCUCGUCCUGGCAACGCAGCAGCCAGGUGCAGGAGUGCCUUGUAACCUGGCUUUCCAGACUACUGUCCUGCAGGGGCAGCCCCGGCCCCAGUUGCAGUCCCAACUGACAUUUGCACUCCCCAAAGCCGUUCCCCUGGCCAGUGCUGGGACAAGGCCCAAACAGUCACAAAAAACAGUGCCUGCUCCGAAGCCUGAAACAGUGUCCUUAGUGUUAAAGAAUGCCUUCAUCACCCCAGCUGCCUUUCAGGGACAGUCCAGAGCUGUGAUUGUAACUCCAGCACCUUUAAAAAGAGAGGGGAUUUUGACGCCAGCCAUGUCUCAAUCUAAUGUUGCAAUUGCACCAGCUGGAAUUGCCAGAGCUCCCGGGGUGACGGAGUUCCGUAGUAACAUUCUGGUUGGUCCAGCACAGCAAGCGCCAAGUAGCCAACAAACCCAGUCCACAGUCUCGCAUCUCUUCUCUCCUAGUGUAGUCCAGGAUGGGUUGGUGAAAGGAGAGCAAAUCCCUUCCCACAGUAGCAGUUCACAAGUUCCUUCACCUACACCUACCCGAGACUGUCAGAAUUCUGGCCAAGCUUCCCCCUGCACCUCUGAGCAGAGCCCCAGCCCGCAGUCUCCCCAGAACAGCAGCUCAGGAAAACCUGCCACUGACCCUCAGAUGGCUGCAUUUAAGAUGCAAAGAAUGAAGCGUAUUUCAUCAGAACAAAAGCGAAGGUUCAAUAUCAGGAUUGGUUUCAGUACUCUGAACAGCUUGGUUUCGUCCAACUCCAAGUCGAUCAGCCAUGCAAUCACUCUCCAGAAAACAGUAGAAUAUAUCGCUAAACUACAGCAGGAAAGAACACAGAUGCAAGAGGAAACCAGGCGCCUUCGGGAAGAAAUCGAGGAGCUAAACGCUGCCAUCAUUUCUUGCCAACAGCAGCUCCCUGCUACUGGGGUUCCUAUAACACGGCAAAGGUUUGACCGCAUGAGGAGUAUGUUUGAUGAAUACGUGAGGAACAGGACCCUCCAGAACUGGAAGUUCUGGAUCUUCAGCAUUAUUAUUAAGCCAUUGUUUGAGUCCUUCAAUGGGAUGGUUUCCACAACAAGCUUUAAGGAUCUGAAUCAAACUGCAAUAGCGUGGCUGGAUCAGCACUGUUCUCUCCCUGUUCUAAGGCCAAUGGUGCUGAGCAGCCUUCGGCAUCUAAGUACAAGCACCUCAAUUCUGUCAGAUCCGUCGUGCCUGCCAGAGCAAGCCACAGAGGCAGUUAGCAAGAUGAACAAAACAGCUGGUGAAACCUAACAACCAAAGACAGUGAGUUGCUUGUACAAGGGGUGGAGAACCUGCCAGUCUAGCAGCCUGGUGAGUCUCCUUUCAGUUGGUGCACUUUAGAAAGAAUACUCUCCAUCACCCAAGACCUUCAGGGCAUCUGUCUCUGCCUUCAGAGUAUGUGGAAGUAUGAUGCAACGUUGUCGUAAUGAUUUGAUUCCUCUUCAGUGCUGUACUCUACUCCAUGAAGUGAGAACACCAAGCUCAGGUAAAUUUAGCAGGUUUGAUUCCUGCAGGCAGCAAUAUAUCUCCAUCAAUGCAGCAUGCAUCUGUAUGCAACAAACGUCUUUCUAUAAAACAGCUUCAAGUACUAAGUUCUCUGAAGUGUAAAUCUUGUACACCGAGGAAUGUUCUCUUAAAGGGGAAAUAUACUUUCAGUUUUGUGAAGCAAAAUCUGCUUUUCAUUUUGUUUUCUGGUGUUCAGUUCCAUUUGUUUUACUUGAAUAGUAAACAAUUGUUUAAACAGGAUUAUAUUAAAAACCAAAGAGAAGAAAAAUCCAUCAGCGACGUCAACUCGUGGAAAAUACUAGAAUUAAAAUCUCAGGCUGUGUUUUGUGUAUUUUUAUUUUAAUGAGUGUACCAUUGCAUAUGAUCAGUUCCAAGGCAUGCUUUAUUUUCUAGCAAAUAAAGUAGCUGAUUUUUAUUAUUUUUCUGAUAUAGCCAUUGCAAUUGAGUAGCAGGCUGUGCAGUAAGUGCAAAAAAGCAGUUUUAGAUUGCACAGAUUCUGGAAUCAAGAUAGACGCAUGAAUUUCAUAUCCAUUUAAUCUCUAAACUGUUUUCUUGCACUCUGCAGAGUUAGGCUACCUUCCUCAUAAAAUGUGCGCAUAUAAAACACAUCCAUAGGUAAACGUCAUAGUGCUUCAAAGACAGAAAUGGAGUUCAUAGCGUUAAGAAAUUGGCUUUUUUUUUUUUCUGUCUCAGAAAGCGUAUCAAACCACAUGGACUUGUAGUCAAUUUUUAUCUUCUUUGUCUCUUUUACCUGUUCUUUUUGCCUUCUAUUUCAAAAACCUGAAGGACUUAGCCAAGCUUGGUCUGUAUGGUAAGGUUAUGUUCAACAGGAAUUAUGAAACACACAAAGAUAAGUUAAAACCCACAUAACAUUUUUCUGUGGCAGUCCCUGAAGUACUGCCCUUUGCUGUGGAUAAGCUUAGUCUUUUUACAGCAGCAAUAGUCUGUCCAUCCUUAGGCAGCACUGGGAUGUUCAUUCUGGCCAGUUUUUCUUGAUGUAGUCUGGAAUGAUCCUAUGACCCUUGUAAUUCCACUCAUUACUCGAUUCUGAUGCUUUAGAGCUAUUCAGAGUUUGGAUAAAGUUUCCUUGUCACCUCCCCCAAGUAGUUUUUUUUCCAGUUUGGAGAACAGGCUGUCACAGUGCAAUACUUAGGAGCAGCUAAAAAAUUCGAACGUAGCACGUUCUGAAAUAGGGUCAGUAGGUUGUCCCUCAGGGGAUGUACUUUUCCUCUGCAUUGUGUCUAAUGUUCCCCACUUGGUGGGCCAAACCUUAAAAAGCAAUAAUAGGUUUGGGGAGUGGGACUGAGCACAGAGAAUAAUUUUCCUUUCUUCCUUGUCCUGAAAUUUUGCAGCUAGUGGCUUUCAUUGGCUUAUGUGUGAGCAGGGCUGUAAGAAGAAGAAGGCAAAAAGGGCUGCCCGAGGGCCCUCUCCCUGAGCAGGGGCCUGUGAAUUGUGGAAGAGAGGGGCUGAAAGGGACUUGUGCAGGUGGCAGUUCAGGGGGAAGGAAUGUAAGGAGAAGACAAAGCGGCAUGACCGAAGUACCAGCAUGCCUUUCUGUAGGUGUGCAUACAUUCAAGAUGCUCUUUUCUUUUACAGUAGAUUUGAUUGACAUAUCAUUUGAAGCUUGUGGCACAUGGGAAAAAACUGUGUCCCUGUGAGAGAACCAACAGCAAUCUAGGCCUCACCUAGGAAAUGGUUUGUUGAAAUAGUGUGUAAAGGUGGUCAGAGCACUGAAAUAGCGAGUAGCUUUUCUAGGGGCACCUAUAUCCAGGUCUUUCAUACAAAAUGUUUUAUUCAAAUAAGCAGUAUUUUUGGGAUGCAUCAGGAUAAAAGGUGUUGAAUGAGCCUAAAUUAAUUUUUUAAUCAGUGCUUUAAUCCUCCCAUUUCUGUCACUGUUUGUGAACUUGGUUCCAGUUAAAUCAUUUAACAGCGUGAUUAGCUGGGGAGCGCCCCUCAAGUUCUUUACUGGGCUAUCUUGUUGAGAUGCAUAGAUACCUACAUGCGUAUUUGCAUGUUAAAAAUAUGUAUCCGGUUUUCUAGGAGGACGUCAGUAGGCAAAUUGUCCAGGAACAGACUCACUUGUGUUUUUGCUGUACUUUUCAGAUAAGCAUAUUCUGUAAUGCUUCCCCUGCAAUGUGGUCUCCUGCUCAUCAGGCAGCAGUUUUGCCUGAUUUUUUUUAUCAUGUUCUUAACCAGGUGUCUGCAACUGAGGUUGCAGUAGUGUUAACAACACUACAGUGUUGUCUCAACAAGCAAAGUGUGCUACAGGCGUGUCUCAGAGCCUAGGGAAGUAUGAUGACUUCUAAGCUUAGAUCCUACCAUUUCAAAUCUCACUGAAUGAAUUGGAAGCUAAAAAGGACCUUAAAGGAAUAGAAACGGGGGGUGUAUGACUGAAAUGCUAAAAAGUAUUGCCCAUUAGCAGUUUCGAUCUGGAUGCAAAUGGAAAAAACAUCACACUCUUUGCAUCAUGAGUUGGUUACAAUUGGAGGGAAAGUGCUUAUUGUAAUAAUUUGUGAUGGAGAAACAAGCUCAUGGCACUUCUAAAAGACUGCAAAUCUUAACAUAGUAAAGAGAAAAAAAUAAAUCAAAGAUCACUUACUGAGGCAAGGGUGUAGGAGGGAGGGAAGGAGUAGUGUAAAGAUACUUUCCACAUAGUGUAAUUACCAGAAAUGAUGUGGCUCCUCUUUGAAGGAGUGAAUCAGUGUAUUUUCGUCACCUAACAAUUACAAAUCAGAAUUCUUUUCUCUUAUCAGUCAAUUUGUGGAGGGUGUGAUUUUACUUUAUUUGGAAGCACAGGAGGAAAAAGCUAUGGUAUAUCUCAUCUCUGCACGUUUGAGGUACUGAGGAUUGGUAUGAAAAGAGAUUGGCCACAUAUGUAUUAAUUCCUGUCUAGAUUCCCACUUGGUUAUAUAUUUGAACUACUUAGUCUUUCUGCCUUCCUCAUUUGGGACUCUAAUGGAUUUGUUUUGUUUUGUUUUGUUUUUUAAAUAAAACACUUUAGUACCACUUACUCCCCUGACUUACAUAGUCCUGACUUCCUCUAUUUCACCAAAGUACGUUAAGCAAGCAAAACACACUGUGCCUGUAGUCUACACAGAAUUACAGAUCAUGCACAUCAGUCUUCAGUGAAUUGGUCUGGACCUUUAAAGAAUCCCCCUAUAAGCAAAUGCAACUCAUAAUUAGUCAAAUCCAACAUAUUUUGCUUGAUAAGGGAGGGGAUGGAUAAAAUAUUUGUGGCCUGCGAUACCCACCAAGAUCAAACAGAUUGUCUAGUGGUGCCUUCUGACCUCAAAUUCUAUUAAUCAAUACACUGUAGAAGCCCCCAGUCUCUCCCCAGCUUCUAGAGAAAUUAUGCAUUAUCUGAUGAACUUAUUAGUCUUGUAUGCUACUUCCUGUUAAGACGGGGAAUAAGCAGUGAAACCAAAUUGAAUAAAUUAAUUAGUAGUAAGGAUGGAGACAAGACCAUGCUUCAUCUGGACAGUCCAAGCUCUGCGCAGAACCCGUGGAUUCCUUGUUACUACCAUUUGAUCCGACUGCCGUGUUCUUUCCUGCUUUUCCAAAGCCCUAGGGGAGCUUUCCUUGAAGGGAGACUUACUAGAAUGCUUCUAUCCGUGCCUUAGAUCUUGGGGUCCUGUAUGCAUCAGAUGCAUCUUAAGUCUUACAUUCUUACCCCUAACAUGUGGAAAACUCAGUGAAAUGACCAAGUGGGGGUUCCCUUGGUUUUAAGAGAAUGUAUUGUCUGUGUGGCAUUACUGUGCCCCUUUGAACCUGAGGUUGUAAAAAAUUGUGUGGAUGGAUGGGAGGAAGGAAGGAAAAAAAUGGUUUUUCCUGCUGACUUCACUAUCUUUCCCUCCCACGUAUACAGGGGCACACCUAUCCCAAAGUCUGUCAGAAACCUAGUAAAGAUGCACAUGAUUAAAUCUCCAAAUCUAGAAUGGCUUAAAAAAUCAAAGGGAUGGCAGAUUGCAUUGGAAAGUAGCAUCCCUUUAUUUUGUGCCCUCAGUUUUUUUUCAUUCUGUGUGUGUACACACUUAGGCUCACAUUGUAGAGGUGAGGGGACAGGUGAACUUUAUUUUGUUUGCAAGAAGCUCACUCCAAAACCAUUCAGUAACAUAAUGAUUUUUUAGUCCAAAUUAUUUGGAAGCUAAAUCACUUCUUGUGUUUCUGGGAUGGAUAAUUCUUGCCUCAAUGUUCCCAACCUGAAGAUACUGCUAAAAUGAAGCUGAUAGUCAACUAUUUUGACCUUUUUUUUUUCUUCUCUCUUUUCUAUCAUUCUUUGCACUUUUAUUGUAAGGAAAAAGAAAAACACCCAGAAUGAAAAGGCUGAUGCUCCCUGGUUUAGGUGCUUUAUGGAUUUAGUCGCACAAAUCUCAGAGGACUGUGGACAGCUGUUGGUGACUUAUAGGAGGUAUUUUUUUUAGGGGAGACAACAGGAGUUUUCCUAUUUCUCUUUCAAUUUAUAUACUUGCAUUUCUGAGGAAAUCGUUUGUUUUUGAGGGUUUUCUUGUAUGGGACCCCAGUACUGUUUCCACAAUGUCAGCUAAGGCCUCAACUUCCCUUCUGUUUCUUGGAUGGAUUUCAUGCUUAUUUACUGUGUUAGAGCAGAAGUGGUAGUACCAAAUUGUAGAUUGAGCUGCAAAACUUGAUUCAGUUAGAAGGAAAAACAUCUUAGGUAUGUAAUACAAAGACUUUCUAGCCAUCGUCUGAACUGCUUUUAUAUCUGAACAUUUCCAACGUGAAUAGGGUUUUGAAUCAAAAGAUAUCAGUUAGGAGCAAUCCUCUUACUUAACAAUUCAAAGAACAAAUUGCUCCUUUUCUUCUUGUAUUUAGAUGUGUUUAAGUGAAUGGAGUUCAUUCUUGUUGUUUAAAAAAAAGAAGCUUGAAAGCUUGGAGGUUUGAGGACUUCAGGUUGUACUCUUGCUUUUGCCUAGGUUUCCUGUUCUGUUGCAUGACACAACUUCUGUUGUGCUGUUGAUAUGUAGCACUUUUCAGUAGGUCUGUUAAAUUGUGCAAUGCAUUUUUUUUAUAUUUACAACCAAAACAAUAAAGGUUAUUUUUUGGA